GGCUUUAGCUGUCACGUCCCCUCAAAUGCCGAGCCAACAUUUAUGGCGGGGAAGGCAGAGAGAUUCGAGGAGAUCAAUCGUAUCUCCCCAGAGAUUUGGUUGAUUGGGAAAAAUCCACAAGAUUCAGGUCGCAACGGUCCACAUGUACCUUCUCCCGUCACACCAGCUUGCCACUAUGACCAGGACGACCACAUUUAUCAGGUCGUUCCAAGACUGGCAGCUCGUGAAAGAUCACAGACCUUUUCACAGAUCAAUGGAUAUCGGAGAUUGCUCCAUUUAACCCCACUGCACAUGCGAGCUGAUAAGCCUCAUCCGGUCGCUUCAGCACCUUCAAUAAUAGUCAUGGAUCACCUCGUCACACGUUCUCUUGCGCUUGCGUUAACGUGGACGAGCUCGCUGAAAUCGCGAAUAGCACCUUGUGUACAUGCAUAUUCACUGGCGAGCUCAUCUUUUGUAAGCCACUUCAGCUCGCCGGCACACUUUCAGGCUUAUGAGCUCGCCUCUUUUCAUGCCACCAUUCAGCUCGACCAUCAUCGAGGUCGGCCGCGAGCUGUUAAGGCUAUUGGCUUUUCAGCAGACACCAUAACUCCAUCAAAAUCUAUCAAAUAUCCGGAAGCUAUAAUCUCCAAUGGUAGCAAGUUUCAACUGGGAUUCUUCAGCCCUGCUAGUUCUACUGAUCUUUAUGUGGGAAUAUGGUACAACGGUAUUGACCCUGUAAAAGGCAUCAUAUGGGUAGCCAACAGGCAGACGCCACUGAAGGACUCCUCCGGAAGUCUGAUGAUAUCUGAGGAUGGCAAUCUUGUAGUUGUGAAUGGGCAGAAGGAGGUUCUUUGGUCAUCCAAUGUUGAAAAGCUGACAGGUAAUAAUACAAUUGCUAAGCUUCUAGACUUAGGAAACCUGGUCUUGCAAGAUAAAACCACUGGCAUGAACAUGUGGGAGAGUUUCCAACAACCUUCUAAUGUUUUUGUACCAGCAAUGAAGCUCGGUGUAAAUUUAAGAACUGGUGAGAAAAUCCAGCUAACAUCGUGGAAAAGCCCUUCUGAUCCAUCUGUUGGUAAUUUCUCUGUCGGGUUCGAGCCUUUCGACAUACCUCAAGUCUUCGUGUGGAAAAAUUCUCAGCCAUAUUGGCGGAGUGGCCAGUGGAAUGGUCGGGUAUUUGUUGGAAUGCCAAAUAUGAACUAUUCCUAUCUUUAUGGGUUUAGCCUUGAAACUGAUAAAGAAGAAGAAACCUUUUAUGUUUCUUAUGCUCUUGAUACUGAUAAAUACUUGUUAGACCUUUUCAUGGGUCCAGAAGGAAUAUCAAUUGAACGAUUUUGGAAUUGGACUGAUUACUGGGAAGACUAUAGGAUUGUAUGGUCUAAUCCACAAAACGAAUGUGAUGUUUAUGGCAAGUGUGGGCCAUUUGGAAGUUGUGAUUCUCAGAAACCAACAAUUUGCAGCUGUUUGAGAGGUGGCUAUAUGUCCCCUGAAUAUGCAAUGGUAGGAUUAUUUUCAGAGAAAUCUAAUGUAUUUAGCUAUGGUGUAUUAUUACUAGAGAUUGUUAGCGGGAGAAGAAACACAAGUUUUGGUAACGAUGAGGAUACUUCAAGCCUUUUGGAAUAUGCUUGGAAAUUGUGGAAUGAAGACAACGUUUUGGAAAUGGUAGAUAAGUUGGUUUGCGACCCAUGCCACUGUAGAGAGAUUCUAAGAUGCAUACAUGUGGGAUUGUUGUGUGUGCAAGAAAUGGCAAAAGAUAGACCAACAAUGUCCACUGUCAUUUCAAUGCUCAACAGCGAGAUUGUGGAUCUCCCUUCUCCAAAACAACCAGCUUUCAUUCUAAAACAGAAUGCAAAAAAUGCAGGGUCCUCUUCUCAGCAUGGUCAACAAAGAUGCUCUAUAAACAAUGUGACUGUUACAAUUGUUCAGGGCCGAUGAUAAGCAAGUCCUUAAGAUUAGCAAUUCCUGUUGCAUAGCAACUUGAAAAUAGUUUUAGUCAUAAGAAAAGGGAAGUAAGGUAGCAACUUGAAGAUAGUGUUAGUCAUAAGAAAAGGGAAGUAGCUUG